AUGAUGUUCCCACAACUCAAGCUCUUUUCAAGAGCUGCAUCACGUAUCCCACCCGUGAAACUACAGUACAAAAACAUGCUUAAAAAUCCAUCCACUAAGUACCCACCACCAAAACAAAUCAAAUUAGAACAUCGUGAAUGGCCCAGUAAAGUAGUGGCAAAAGCACCAAGAUGGUUGUCUACCGAUUUACGUGAUGGUAAUCAAUCAUUACCUGAUCCAAUGUCAAUACUGGAAAAAAAGGAAUAUUUUCAUAAAUUAAUUGAUACUGGAUUUAAAGAAAUUGAAGUUAGUUUCCCACUGGCUUCACAAACUGAUUUUGAUUUUACUCGAUAUGCAGUUGAGAAUGCUCCUGAGGACGUUGCCAUUCAAGUCUUGACUCAAUCGAGAGAACCUUUGGUUAGAAGAACGGUUGAAUCAGUAAAAGGAGCUAAAAAAGCCAUCAUUCACAUUUAUUUAGCUACUUCGGAUGUGUUUAGGGAGGUCGUAUUUGGUAUGUCACAAGAAGAUGCUAUUGCUAAAGCUGUUGAAACUACCAAGCUAGUCAGAAGCUUAACCAAAGAUGAUCCUGCCAUGAGUGAAACUGAAUGGAAUUUGGAAUUUUCACCAGAAUGUUUUUCCGAUACACCAGUUGAAUUUGCCGUGGCAAUUUGUGAAGCCGUGAAACAAGCAUGGGAACCAACUGUUGAACAUCCAAUGAUUUUCAAUUUACCAGCAACAGUUGAAGUUGCCGGCCCCAAUGUUUACGCCGACCAAAUUGAAUAUUUCUGUAAACAUAUUACUGAACGUGAGAAAGUUGUUGUUUCCGUCCAUUGUCAUAAUGAUCGUGGCUGUGGGGUUGCAGCUACUGAGUUGGGGUUACUUGCUGGUGCUGAUCGUGUUGAAGGUUGCAUAUUCGGAAAUGGUGAACGUACAGGAAAUGUUGAUUUAGUCACGGUUGCAUUAAACUUGUACACCCAAGGUAUUUCCCCCAAUUUGGAUUUUUCCGAUAUACAAAGUUUAAUUGAUGUAAGUGAACGUUGCAACAAGAUCAAAGUUCCUGAAAGAGCACCAUAUAGUGGAUCACUUGUGGUUUGUGCUUUUAGUGGAUCACAUCAAGACGCUAUUAAAAAGGGAUUCAGUUAUGAACGUAAUGAUGGAAAAUGGGCAGUUCCUUAUUUACCUUUGGACCCCAAAGAUAUUGGAAGAACGUAUGAAGCUGUUAUUAGAGUUAAUUCACAAUCAGGUAAAGGUGGAAGUGCAUGGGUGAUUUUAAGAUCUUUGGGAUUGGAUUUACCUAGACAUCUACAGGUGGCAUUUUCAUCCAUUGUUCAACAUAAAGCUGACCAAUUGGGAAGAGAAUUACAAAUUGAUGAAAUUGUUGAUGUUUUCAAUAAGGAGUAUCUUGUACAAACACCAUUAUCAAUUGUUGAUUUUGAAAUCACCAAGAGUAAAAACGACAACAGAGAAAUAUUUGCCCAGUUGAAUAUUAGUGUUGAUGGACAAGAGAUUGUCAUUAAGGGUGAAGGAAAUGGACCAAUUUCUUCCUUCAUUGAUGCAAUUGGAAAGAAAUUUGGUACAUUGUUUGAAGUUGUCACUUAUCAAGAACAUUCCUUAGGUACAGGAUCAGCCUCCAAAGCAGCUACCUAUGUUCAAUUGAGUUAUUUGAAUGAGGUUGGUGAAAAAGUGACAAGAUGGGGUUGUGGUAUCAAUCAUGAUGUUAGUCAAGCUUCAAUGGACGCUAUUUUAAGUGUAGUUAAUUCAUUGAUUAAUGAAGGUAAAAUUCAGAUACCAAAUUAG